AGGGAAACAGCUACUCAUUGGUGUGAAAUCUCAGAGAAGGUUGAAUAACGAGAACCGGUCGAGCUUCUUGAAACUCUUAGCUAGAAUUUAUUUAUUAACGCUAAUCCAGGUGGACGACCAUGGCUUCGGGAGGGGAAUCCAAAAAUGAUGACCUAGCCACUGCAAUUCUGAAACAGAAGAACAGACCCAACAGACUGAUCGUUGAUGAAUCCAUCAAUGAAGACAACAGUGUGGUCUCGCUCUCUCAGACCAAGAUGGAUGAGCUGCAGCUCUUCCGUGGAGACACCGUGCUGAUGAAAGGAAAAAAGAGGCGGGAAACUGUCUGCAUCGUGCUGUCUGAUGACACCUGUUCUGACGAAAAGGUUCGCAUGAACAGGGUGGUCCGUAACAACCUGAGGGUCCGCCUCGGCGAUGUAAUCAGCAUUCAGCCAUGUCCUGAUGUGAAGUACGGAAAGAGGAUUCAUGUCCUCCCAAUUGAUGACACAGUAGAGGGAAUCACUGGCAACCUGUUCGAGGUUUACCUGAAGCCAUAUUUCUUGGAGGCUUACAGGCCAAUCCGCAAAGGUGACAUUUUCUUGGUCAGAGGGGGCAUGCGUGCUGUCGAAUUCAAGGUGGUUGAGACCGAUCCCUCCCCCUACUGCAUCGUUGCUCCUGACACAGUCAUCCACUGCGAGGGCGAGCCGAUCAGGAGAGAGGAUGAGGAAGAAUCCUUGAAUGAGGUGGGCUAUGAUGACAUUGGGGGAGUGAGGAAGCAGUUGGCUCAGAUCAAGGAGAUGGUGGAGCUGCCCCUCAGACACCCUGCACUGUUUAAGGCCAUAGGAGUCAAGCCUCCACGUGGAAUUCUGCUAUAUGGACCUCCUGGAACUGGAAAAACCUUGAUUGCCAGGGCCGUGGCUAAUGAAACAGGAGCCUUUUUCUUCCUCAUCAAUGGUCCUGAGAUCAUGAGCAAACUGGCAGGAGAGAGUGAGAGUAACCUGAGAAAGGCCUUUGAGGAGGCUGAGAAGAAUGCUCCUGCCAUCAUCUUCAUCGAUGAACUUGACGCAAUUGCUCCAAAGAGAGAGAAGACUCACGGAGAAGUGGAGAGGCGCAUUGUUUCUCAGCUGCUGACUCUCAUGGACGGUUUGAAACAGAGAGCUCACGUCAUCGUCAUGGCUGCCACCAACAGACCCAACAGCAUCGACCCAGCUCUCAGGAGAUUCGGGCGCUUUGAUCGGGAAGUGGACAUUGGAAUUCCUGAUGCCACUGGCAGGUUGGAGAUCCUUCAGAUUCACACCAAGAACAUGAAACUGGCUGACGACGUCGACUUGGAACAGGUCGCUAACGAGACCCAUGGACAUGUGGGUGCAGAUCUGGCUGCGCUCUGCUCUGAGGCGGCCCUGCAGGCCAUCAGGAAGAAGAUGGACCUGAUCGACCUGGAGGAUGAGACCAUCGACGCCGAAGUCAUGAACUCGCUGGCUGUCACUAUGGACGACUUCAAGUGGGCUUUGAGCCAGAGCAACCCAUCAGCACUGAGGGAAACGGUUGUUGAGGUUCCCAACAUCACCUGGGAGGACAUCGGAGGUCUGGACGACGUGAAGAGGGAGCUGCAGGAGUUGGUGCAGUAUCCAGUGGAGCACCCAGACAAAUUCCUGAAGUUUGGCAUGACCCCAUCCAAGGGUGUGCUUUUCUAUGGUCCACCCGGUUGUGGUAAGACUCUGCUGGCCAAAGCUAUCGCCAACGAAUGCCAGGCGAACUUCAUUUCCAUCAAAGGACCUGAGCUGCUCACCAUGUGGUUUGGAGAGUCUGAGGCCAACGUCAGAGAGAUCUUCGACAAGGCCCGUCAAGCAGCUCCAUGCGUUCUCUUCUUUGAUGAGCUGGACUCCAUAGCCAAGGCCCGUGGCGGGAAUGUGGGAGAUGGCGGCGGAGCUGCCGACCGCGUCAUCAACCAGAUUCUGACCGAGAUGGACGGCAUGUCGAGCAAGAAGAACGUCUUCAUCAUUGGAGCAACGAACAGACCAGACAUCAUUGACCCUGCCAUCCUGAGACCCGGGCGUCUGGACCAGCUCAUCUACAUCCCCCUGCCCGACGAGAAGAGCAGGAUCAGCAUCCUGAAGGCAAACCUGCGCAAGAGUCCCAUCAGCAAGGAUGUGGACUUGGACUUCCUGGCUAAAAUGACCAAUGGCUUCUCUGGAGCCGAUCUGACGGAGAUCUGCCAGCGGGCGUGCAAACUGGCCAUCAGAGAGAGCAUCGAGAACGAGAUCCGCAGGGAGAGGGAGAGGCAGACCAACCCUUCAGCCAUGGAGGUGGAAGAGGAUGAUCCCGUGCCAGAGAUCCGGAAGGACCACUUCGAGGAGGCAAUGCGGUUUGCUCGUCGCUCCGUCAGUGAUAAUGACAUCCGCAAAUACGAAAUGUUUGCUCAGACGCUGCAGCAGAGCCGUGGCUUCGGCAGCUUCAGGUUUCCCUCCAGUGCUACAGGCGGCAGCGGGCCAAGCCACGGCUCAGGCGGGACUGGCAGCGGCCCAGUCUUCAACGAAGACAACGACGAUGACCUUUAUGGAUAAACAUACACUGCCCCGCGGUGGUCAGUUCCGGGAUCACACCUGUACAAAUUCUCACCAGAUUCCACAUUUUUAGGACUUUGUGCUUCUUUCAUGUGUUCCUCUUUUUGUAUGAUUUCCCUCGGAGAAAGCAUGUAGCCGCUUGGUUUGCCCUGGCUUUGAUGUGGGUGGGGUAUUGGGAUGUUGGAAAUGGAAGGUGAGUGACUGAUGCCGAUUUGUUUUUCUUUUUUCUUUUUUUUUUCUUUCUUCCCAGUGGGAUGAGGGGGGCGGGGUGGGGGGGUUGGCGUUUUAUUGAGUGGCCUCAUUCUCCGUAUAUCACAACCAACAUGAAUGGCGAUAGUGAUGGGAUUAUAUGCUAGACUCGGAAAGAAAAGACAAAAACAUAUUGCUAAUGACUUCCUUUUUUUUUUGUUUUUUAAAAAAAUAAACAGUAGCAUAUAAUGUAUUACAAAUUUGUCAAGGUUAUGUUGUUGAAAAUAAAAUCUCACGAAAUUGAAUGGUUUGAUAUAUUUA